AUGGGAGGAGGAACUGAAGCUUUCCCAGAUUUAGGAAGCCACUGUGAAAAUCCCGAUUGCCGCCGGCUAGAUUUCCUCCCGUUCACCUGCAACGCCUGCCGGAAGGUUUUCUGUUUGGACCAUCGAUCGUACAAAUCGCACGGCUGCCCCAACUCUGACGCCGGCAGCCGAAAGGUCGUGGUGUGCGAGAUCUGCUCCUCCGCAGUAGAGACCACGGGACGCGACAGUGAAGACGAGAAGAAGAUUCUAGAGAGGCACGAGAAGUCGGGUCAGUGCGACCCGAAAAAGAAGAAGAAACCGACUUGCCCCGUCAGGAGGUGCCGGCAGGUGUUAACGGUCUCAAACACCGCCACGUGUAAGAAUUGCCGGAUUAAAAUUUGCCUGAGGCACAGAUUUCCGGCGGACCACGGUUGUGAGGGGAUGAGACCGGCGUCUGUGAAUAACAGCAAGUUUCUGAUUGCGUUGGGCUUGAGGAGUGGGCAAGACUGUGGAGACAAGAUUAAUGGGCCUUCUAGUUCGAGGCCCAACAUUAAAGCCUGUUGA